AUGGCGCCGUAUUCUCUGCUUUUCAGAGCCAAGGUAGUGAUCUUUGCUUUGGUGCCGUCUGUCUUGUCUGCUUCCGUACCUCCCGGUAGCGUGGCCGAUUUUGUGUUUCAAAAUGGGUCCAUCUACACUCUCGACGAACAUUCGAACCGAGUCAGUACUCUUGCUGUCAAAGAUGGAAUAAUCAUUUAUGCCGGCAAUGAUACAGCCCCCAAGGACCUCAUCGGUAACUCAACCCAAGUCUUGGACUUGGGUGGUCGCAUGGCAAUGCCUGGCUUGGUCGACACUCACUUGCACGCCCUCCAAGCUGGGCAAAACAUGCUCAGAUGCAACUUCAACUACCAGCGCCUGAACAAACAGCAAGUCCUGGAUCAUCUGCAAACCUGCCUCGACAGUGACCCGAGCGCUGCACCAGAUGCCUGGCUCGAUGCCGUCAACCUCAAUUAUAUGGCUUUGACUGCUGGCGGGGAAAGUCUCAGCAAGUUGGACCUGGACCCUUUGAGUGCCACCCGCCCCAUUUCACUUCGGUCCAACGAUUUCCAUACCUUCGUCCUGAACACCCCCGCGCUUGCAUUUUCCAACAUCACGAGCACGACUCCCUUUCCACCUGGCGGAACCAUCGAAUACCUUCCCGGAACUCGAGAACCGUCCGGAAUCCUUCUGGACGGUGCCAAUAUCCUGAUCGGCGGCCCCCCGCGGCCAACUGACGAAGAGAAUGCUGAAGCUGCCCGGGCCGCACUCCAAGUUCUCCGCGAAAACGGCAUUACGACCUGGCAAGAUGCCUUGGCGACCGAAUCCGGUGGUUUGAGCUCGCGUGGUUACUUUGAUUACCGAAUCCAGCCUCCGGCCAACCUCGAAGCAGUCGACGCUUUGGUUUCCGAGACUGUAGCACUUCUUGCAUCUAGAAACGACAACUCCACCAUCACUCGUGUGCCGACGCUGAAGUGGCAGGCAAUUAAAGCUCUUGUCGAUGGUGUCCCCGUCUUCUCUGCAAGAACUGCCGCCCUCACGGAACCGUACUUGAUUCCUGUCGCAAAUGGUACCAACGGUACCCAGGUAUGGGGUCCGGAUCCCGGUCCGUUGCCUGCGCCGUACUGGAACGCUGAGGUUCUCGCCAAAACGCUAGAAGGCUUUUUCUUGAACGAUGUGGAUGCCCAGUUGCACGUCACCGGCGACCAUGCCGUGCACAUCAGCUUGGAUGCAGCAGAGGCCCACCUUAGAGCCCACCCCAACCGACGUGAGAUCCGCCUCGCCCUCGCUCACUGCACCCUGACGUUGGAGGAGGACUGGCCUCGUUUCGCCCAACUGGGUGUUGACGGCGUGUUCAGCCAUCAAUGGUCUCAGCCCUCUCCCAUGUGGCUCCCGGACACCUUCAACAGCUUCGGCCCGGAUCGGUUGGAUAAUGUCGACGCGUAUGCUGAAAUCCAGGACGCCGGACGCCCUGCAGUUUAUGGAAGUGACUGGCCUGUUGAUCCUCUUGACGUCUGGCUUGCUUUGAAAGCAGGUGUCACCCGAAGUGGCGACCCCGAGAACAUCAACUCGCCCGCGUCUAUUGGAGAAGCCUUUAGGGGUACAUUCCCAGGCCGUGGGAUCUCCCGCGAAGCCGCGCUCCGUGCUCACACGAUCAAUGGAGCCAGAUUCCUGCGCGCCGAUAGCCAUUUCGGUUCCUUGGAGGUAGGCAAGUUGGCAGACAUCAUCGUAAUCGAGAACAACUUCUUCGAGGUCCCCGACGAGACUUUGGGGCGGAACCGGGUGCUGUUCACCAUGGUCGGUGGCGAAGUCGUCUAUGUCGAGGACGGGGCUCAGCGCAGCUUUGCGGCUGGCAUCACCCCCAAGUUCCCUAAUAACAACACGGUUGCUCUGAAAAUGGCGCGCAGAAACUUGGGUGGUGACUUGAGGCAUUUGGAUGCUGCAGGACGCGCUGAUGUCGCCAAGCUGAGAAAGAGGGGAGAUUGUGGAUCUGGCCAUGCCCACUGA